AUGGCCAGUCACCAUGCCACACUGCACCACCAAUUACCGAUGCUGUGGAAUCCGAUGCAGGUCAAAUUUGAGGCGCCGGACGAGGAUAGCCACCGCGAUAACCCACUAUUCCAGCGGCCGCCCCGGAAUAUACAGUACGGCGCCAAGAACCACGACGACAACAAGCCGCCAUAUUCCUACGUGGCGCUUAUCUACAUGGCCAUCUCCAGUACGGCGGAGAAGAAGAUGACGUUGUCGCAAAUUUAUAAGUGGAUCGAGAACAACUACGAGUACUACCGGCUGGCAGACUCGAAAAGGAAGCAGGGGUGGCAGAACUCGAUCAGGCACAACCUCUCGCUAAACGACUGUUUCGUGAAGAAGCCCCGCGAUGGCAUCAGUUCAACGAGCGACCGUAAGGGCAACUUCUGGUCGUUGACGCCCGACAGCGAGAACAUGUUCGAGAACAACAACUUUAAGCGGAGGCGAGUCCGCCGCCCCGCCACCACCAUGUUCCCGACGCCCCAGAAUUUCAUCUACAACCCCAUCUACGCCCAGCUGCUGCAGUCCGGCAUGCAUAAUUUCCCCUCGAUGGUCCCCUCCUCGACCAUCGCCCAAAAUUAUCUGCCGUACAUGAACGCGCAGGCCCAGCAGGCUGAUGGUGAGCAUAAGGAUUUUACAGCCACGACUGGGACCACGGAAGAAGCCGCUGCGCUUUAUCCAGCUCAGCUUACGAUGGCCGGAUUUAUGCAAGAUCAUGGAGGUGAACUGUUCGCCGCCGGGGCCUUCCACAAUUUGGCGGGCUCAAUCCAGGGAAGCACUGGACUAGAGAUGUGGCAAUCUACCUACGAUUACUCACAGGCCCUAGCCCAGCACAGCCAACAACUUCACCCCCAGGACCCCCACGCCGAUUUCCCGGGUUACCGUAGCCUGGGCGAGGGCACGAGCCAGCAGGCGGCUGAUCUGCCCGAGCACCCCGAGCAU